AUGGUUCUCUCUUGGAUUUUAAAUGUGUUGUCUCCCGAUCUUGCCGCCAGCGUCAUCUAUGUGGAAUCAGCACAUGAUGUGUGGAAAGAACUUGAAGAACGUUUCUCCAGAAGUAAUGCUUCCCGAAUUUUUCACCUCAAACGUUCGAUUGCUACCAUACAACAGGGUACUGACACCCUUUCCGCUUACUUCACCAAGCUCAAAGUACUCUGGGACGAACUCUGCUCCUACAUCCCAGUACCCACUUGUUCAUGUGGUGCUCAGGUUGCUUUGCAUUCCACUGUCCAACAGGAACGUGUUUAUCAGUUCCUUAUGGGGCUCUCUGAUAGCUAUGCAGCUCUUCGAUCCAAUAUCCUGGCUAUGGAUCCUUUGCCUGAUGUCAACCAGGCUUAUCAUAUUCUUCUCCAAGACGAACAACAACGCUCUUUGACUUUGCCUUCUCCAGUCGAUACUGCUGCUAUGGCUGCUGGCCAUACCCUCAACGCUUCUUCAGAUCGUCGCAGUACCAAUCCCGGGAAUCCACGACAGAGCAGAGGGCGUCCUUGGUGCGACUACUGCAAGUCUCGCACUCGUCGCCCUUCUCAGGGCCCCAACACUGGCUGUGAUCUUGCACCCAAACCAGCCCAGGUUGCUGCCAUCUCUACUAUGCCUGUUAAUGGGUUAACUACUGAUCAAGUUCAGCAGCUCUUAUCUCUUUUGAACAUUGGUUCGUCUUCCCCCAGUUCCAAUCUAGCAGGUACCGCCACUUGUCUCUCUGUUUCAGGACCUGUCAACGAAGCGGCUGAUUGGAGUGGGAACGAUGCAUGA